AUGUACAAAAACAGAAGCGACCGUAAUAUUGCAUCAAUUAUCGAUGAAGCGAUCGUUCUUUGGAAUCGAAACGAAAUUCAGGAAUGUGUCACUCUUCUCGACGAGUAUUUACGCAGAUUUCAAUACAUCGAUGAUAGCGAACAACAGCAAAUUGAUACCAGUUAUAACGGUGCUACAAAUGGCCCUAACAUUGAUAAUGAAGCAAACAUUGAUACCAAUGAGAUCAGCAUACUUGCAAUGCACAACAAUGCAAAUGAACUGUUAAAACUUGUGAAUCUGAUUUUGAUAGUGUGCAUAAUCAAUCCGAACAAUGAAGAUUCUGUUGUUGAAGCGUUAGCAAUAGCUGAACGUUUUGUAUGCGAUCAGUUGAAACGCUCAAAUCCAUUAAUGGGUACUCAAACAAAUGUCAGCGCAGAAUCAACAAGACAGUGUUUGCGCAGAAUUCAGCAAACAUCUCUUUAUUGCUUUCGAGUUGAGCGAUUCGUAUUAUGCUGGUACAAACAACAAGGUGACCAGCUACGAGUUUUUUUCAUCACCGAAGCCAGUCCAACGAAUCAUCUUUCGAAAUUUUAUGCGCAUUUUUUGGAACAAUUUCUAUUGAGCAGUAAAUUAAAGUGUUACGAAUUGAGUGAAUUCGAGAAACUCAAAUCAGAAGCGAACGUCCUCAUAAAUGUCGAUUCGUUUGGUGGUGUGCAAUAUGAGAAUAGAAUCGCUUUGCACAGUGUUUCAAAAUGCUCUACAACAAGAACUGAUCAGAAAAUUUGCCUUCUGAUUGCCACUGACGAUCGAAAUUCUCUUCAAAUCGAUCAUGUUCACUGCAUGAAUGAAGAUGAUCUCAUCUGGAAGCUGCAGGUAUGCUCACUAGCUCUUCUUGACUGUUCACGACUCAAAAUGGACUCAUUCUCAAUUCUGCAAUAUCAAUUGAGCAUCAAUAUAGCUUUUGUUCUCAAUGAUCCAUGUGAAAAAGUAACGAAAGCUCUGUUGAUAGCAGGUGCUGAAUGUGUUGUAAACAUCAACAGUGAAUUCAACGAAGACCUUAAAAUUGUUUUGCAAAAACUUAUAAACGGUGAAUCCUUGGAAAAUUGCUUGGAAGACCUAAAAGGUACUCCACUACGAUUGUACGGUAAUCGUAAUGCCAUUUGCCAUUCAAAUGCUCUCCAGUCAUGGAGAAAAGCCGUAAUAUCAACUGAAAAUUUGGAUGGCAAUGAUUUGAUAAAUGUUGAAUAUCCUCAAUAUGUUGAAUUUGUCGAAGAAUUGAAACGAUUACCAUCUCAACGAUACUCACGUAUCAUAGAUCUAAUGCAGUCAAACAAUACUCAACAAAUUUAUGCGUUUAUGAAUGAAUUGGAAAAUGAAUUGGAACAGUUGACUUCUAAUGAGGGUUCCACUUCUUGUUUUCUUACGACCGUGCAAUCAAAUGAACGAACAAGCGAUUGCAACGGCGAGAUUAAGGGGUUGAUCGCACUUUGCAAGCGUGUUUUUGAUGAUCACCUGUGCGGAUUAGACGAUACAGACUCGAUGCAUUUCGAAGAUGCGCAUCUCAACGAGUUGAUGAAGUCGUUCGCAUUGAAAGAAAGGGAAGUCAAGAGAAGGCGACGGAGAAGGAAAUGUUCAGUCGCAAGAAAAUGCUGGUCUGAAGGCGAAGGUGCAGUCGAUCAUGCAAUUUUUUUAAAAUUCUGA